UUAAGGACCCUAAUUUAGAGGGACGCCAGCAGCGAGCAGUUAGCUAUUUGUGAGCUCAGCCAUGUCUGCACCUGUCAUGGGGAGCACCAAAAAACCCUUUAAUGAUGGGGACCACCACAACCACAAGAAGAAGAAGGGAGCAGGCGCGCUGGCCACCGCCUACCUGGUCAUCUACAACGUGAUCAUGACCGCUGGGUGGUUGGUCAUUGCUGUGGGUCUUGUCCGGGCCUACCUUACUAGAGGCAGCUACCAUGGUCUGUACUACUCAAUAGAGAAGCCACUGAAGUUCUUCCAGACUGGAGCUCUCCUUGAGAUAUUGCAUUGUGCUGUUGGCAUUGUACCUUCCUCUGUGGUCCUGACUGGGUUUCAGGUGAUGUCACGCGUGUUCCUCACAUGGGCUGUUACACACAGUGUUCGAGAAGUCCAGAGUGAAGACAGUGUGCUUCUCUUUGUGGUAGCGUGGACCAUUACGGAGAUCAUCCGCUAUUCAUUCUACACUUUCAGCCUACUCAACCACCUGCCUUAUCUCAUUAAAUGGGCAAGAUACACAUUUUUUAUUGUACUCUACCCCAUGGGAGUGACUGGAGAACUUCUGACCAUCUAUGCUGCUCUGCCUUACGUUCAGAAGACAGGCCUCUAUUCUGUCACUUUGCCCAACAAGUAUAACUUCUCCUUUGAUUAUUAUACCUUCCUCAUUCUCACCAUGGUCUCCUACAUCCCCUUGUUCCCUCAGCUCUACUUCCACAUGUUGCGGCAGAGAAAGAAAGUUCUGGGUCACGUGGAAGAGUACAGCAAAGUGGAAUAAACAUGCAGCCAGCACUCCACACAAUGUGGACUGACCAUAUGGAGGAAAGGGGGGGAGAAAAACGACCCUUCCAAUCCAAACCUGGCUGAUUUAAAAUGAGAAAAAGUUGCUUGUUAAUAUACAGAGCCCAGCUUUUUUUUUUCCCAAGAUAAUGAAAUGACAUAGAUUAUUUCUAACAAAGCUAGUUAGGGAAUGAGAUUUUGCAGUUUCUGAUUUUAAGGAUAUUGAUAAUGAUAUGAUAUCAAUGGUUUAAUAGAAGGCAUUUCUGAUAAUACACAGCUUUUUGUGUGAAACUGGUUUUAAUAAGUUCUAAUACAGUUGCCCUGACCUUAGUGAGGGAGGAAUGGAAUAGCUCGUUUUGGCUUUCACCUUUUGAAGUAAUGACAGAAUUGGGAACAUUUCAGUAAUCAAUAUUGAUCAAAAAAGAGUGAUGCGUCUAGCUUGUACUGUGCCCUGUGUACUUGGAAGUAUUGGUAGCAGUUUUGUUUAUGCACAGUCAGGAGGCUGAACAGAUGACUAGAUUCUGGAUAUCUUCAUGUGCUGUCUACAUGUUUCUUUGUGCAUAGUGUCACAUUCCACUGUUGGUGUUCUGUGACUACUGAUUUAGUUGUUGCUCACAGUUGUUGCUGUUCUUCACAGAUUUGCUCAGGACUUAUACUCGGUACUGACCUGUUGUCCAUAACAGUUUUCCCAUUUCCUUUCAGUGUUAGUUGUUUUGUAAAGGUCACGCAAAUUACUUUAACAAGAAUUGUGUUGUUUUGCUUAAUAUUGUUAUGUGGGUAAUGUAUAGCUGAAGUGAUUGUACAGGGUUGUGUUUUUUUGUGAUCCGUGUAUAUGCUUUCCAUAACUUCUAAAAAGGUGACCUCAAGCAAGCAGUGAAAGAGCUUUCGAGUCCUGUCAGUGGGCGACUUUCUAAAGAGUUCGAUUGAAAGAAGGCAGGGGUGAUGCUGGAAGAGCACGUGGCAGUGGGAAACUAGCGCAAUUGGAUUAGCCUGCGUCUAGUCAUGCAUUUCCAAUGAGUAAAAUCUAAUGAAGCGCAGAGCAGGCCAGGGGUCCGGAGUUGCUAAGCGCUUUGUUGUCUGUCUGCUCUCAUUACCAACAGCAGUGAAGUGCAAGCUCAAGCCUUGAAGAAGGGCUUGCUCAUUAGUCUUAAUGAACAACUAAUGAGCAGACUGGCCUUUCCCUACCAUUUGGGUCUGAACUUUACUUUCACAGGUUAUAGCCUAGAAGCGCCAUCUCUGGUAGCCAGGGGAUCACUCUUGUUUUUAUUUACCGUUAGAAGAGGACAGUCAUGCCAAUUUGUCAUUGGGUAGAUAAGAAACUCCUGGUCAGUUACCUUAGCUACUGUUAUUAAUCAGCUAAUCAGCUAACUGACCAUUAAUCAGUUUGAAUUGUGCUGGUCCAGGAUCCGUUAUGGUAGUAUGGCGUUUGCUUGCUUGCUGAUAUGAAGUAUUAUCUCUGAAGCUCCUGGAACAAAUGAUGUUUAACCUCUCAGCACCCAGACGUUUUGGCAUGAGAAUCUAGAGUGCAACUUGACUUAAAACUGCAUGAAAGAGGAAAUUGCUCCAUUCCUUAAAUGGUGCAGUCUUGUCAUACUACACCAUUCAAGGUUAAUUCACUGGACGCAUGACCUUUAAAGUUGUCAGGAAAUGUUGGGCUUUUGAUACAAUGGAUUUGCAUGGGACCAGCAGACUUUGUAUGAUUAGUAAAAGUUAUAUAUUUACAAUAAACUUAUAAUCUGGGAAACCA